AUGGCACUGCUUAAUCCGACAUUCAUUUUCGGCAUCUUCGUCCUCCUCUACCUAUCCUCCUUCAUAAUAUUCGCCGUUGUUCGCAUCCUUACCGGCCUGUCGAUCCAGCGCAUCGGCUACUUCUCCCUCCGACGACUUGCCUAUACACCAAAAGAUGGCAUCAAGAUCGAGAUCCGUGGCCUGGGCCUCAAUGUCCAUCGCCCAACUUUUUCCCAACCGACAUGGCUCAGUAUAGUAGUGGACGAGCUGGCCGUCACCGUGGAUGUCAAGGAGGUGGAAAAGAGCAAGGGCAAGCAUGUUACAGCAAAGCCAGAGAGCAACACUUCCGACAGUACGAAGCAGGGAGAAAAGGGGGAGACGGAACCGCUGCUUUCAACACCGCCAAAGGUGCCCGCCAUCAAAACCGAUACGAGUCUAGAGAGUCGGGGCAAGACUUGGAGACAGUUGACAAAGUUAAAGGAGAAGAUUAAGCGGCUGCAUCGGAGCCUGGACUAUCUCCGCAUGGUCGAUAUCGUCGCCACAAGCUCGACCCUUACUGUUACAGAUGUCGGCAGCGUACAGAUUGGCAACUUUACCCUCGCCGUGGACACCCGAGACAAAAUGGUAGACCGCGCCCGGUUCUUCCUACAGAGCAGGUCGGAUCAGCCCGGAGAACAACGACAGGCCGAGUGGAUCAUAACCCUACGAAGCGUACUAUUUACCGCCCAUGGACGGGAGGCUACCGAAAUCCUCGACGGCGCCAGUUUCAACGUUCAUGGUUUUCUAUAUGGAAUGCACAACGGGCUCCGAGAUGCCGCUGUAGGUCUCAAGCUGGGCCGGCUUCAUAUUCCCUAUGACGAUGUCCUGUACAGCGCCUUGCUUUAUAAGAAGAUCAAGGAAUUUGCCGAACAGGUCGUCGGGGUCGAACCCGAACCACUUGAUGAGUUUGUCGACAAGGUCAUGCAGGAAAUCGAUGUCCCAGGAAGCACGAACAAAGAGUUGAUGCAGACCGUCUCUGAUUCAAAGCAGCUCAUAAGCUCCGUCCUCAGGGGCGUAAAGGAGGUCCAGUUUGCCGUCAGUUUCAUCGGCCUCACCAAGAAGGUCGAGAGUGUCAAGGCUGGUGGAACGCCUGUGGUGCUGAAUGCUUCUAUGAAAGAAGUUGGUAUCGACCUCCAUCGCCUCGAUCCCAAGUCUCCGGCUCAUAGGAUGUACUUCCCCUCCAAGGACAUUGCCCACGAGGCGUUGGCUGCCGCGCUCUCUAUCUCAGUUGGCAUUGACGACGGGCAAGGGAAACCGGAGAGACUCAUGUAUAUCCCAAUGGCCACCACUACUGUCAGAACCACCCUGCCUUCCAAGACUGUCGAGCUAGCCGAGGAGGGAACUGCUGAAGAGCGAAAUGCAAACAUGCUUUUUGCGAAUUCCGUUGUAACAUCUCCCUCUGUCGACCUCAACCCUAGACAUCUUCCGUUGCUUCUGGCAAUACUGCGGCCGAAGCCAAAGAGGAAGACAGAGAACCGGCAACCGCACAUGCUCAUCUCACGACUUCUGCCCAAGGCCAACAUCAAAUUUUCGAUGCACGAACCUGUUUUGCGCAUAACCCUGCCUCCAGUCGAAAAAGGUGUUGGCCCUGACGAGUUUGACCUCCUAAUCUCGUCCAUUUCAUCAGUGUCUUUGGAUCUUGAGUCCUUCCAUUCCGCAGUUGAGGAGCUACACUAUUCAUUAGCUGCUAGUAUGCGCAUUCAGACACACAACCUAUACUACCAAACAUGUUCUGGUGAGAGAUUCGACCUCCUCAUAACAGAAGCGUUCGACUUGAAAGUCCAGCUUAACGCCACGCCUGAUGUCCACGUGGUUGCCCAGGGUAAUCUCCAAACAUUCGCACUGAAGCUGGUCCGCGAAGAGAUUGGCGACGGCUUGCGUCACAUUGUGAGACAGCUUCGCCCAGAUGUCAAGCCGGACAAGUUGGCCAUGCCGAAGAGCUCGUCCAAGAAGUCGAACUUCCUUCGUGGCAUGCCCGCAUGGCUGCUUCAGUUCCAAUUUCAAUGCUCGGAUUUUAGCCUGGCAGUAGCUGGGGUCGAUAAAGAAAUUUCAGAAGAGGCCCGGGGUGUCGCCAUCGACCUGGAAUCUUGGUCGAUAGACUACCGUGCCCAGAGAAUAGAUGGCCUGCAGAGACGGUCCUCUAGGCGGCGAGCAAGCAGUCGCAGCUUGAUACCCUCCGAAGCAGAGCUGAUGAGAUCGGCACCUACUUCCCCCAGGAAGAAACACCGCCACGAAGGAGACGGUCGGCGCGUUACGGUUCAAGUGAGGGGCUUGGAAGCGUAUAUGGUUGAAUCAGAUGAGAUCGGGAAUGAUGCUUUCCUCAACAUGCCCAAGCUCGACCUCGCGUUCUCAACAUUGAGCGAUAACCAAGGCCCGAUCUUCCAUGUCCAGGCUAACAUGAAGAAGCUCCUUGUUCAGUAUUCUCUAUAUCGCCAUUACGCAGUCGCUUUGGCUGUCUCGGUUCUGCUGAAAGCGUUUGGAAGGCCUGGAAAGCCCACAGCGGCAGAACCGUCAACUCCCACAGAAGCAUCACCCCAACGACGGGUCGUAGGUCUCCUUUCUCCCCUGUCGGCCGGCAGCGGACUCGAUUCUCUCACAAUGGACGACGAAUCAACAACAGCCCGAGAGUUUGUUACCAUUGAUGCCAAGGUAACAUUAAUCCAGAUCAAGGGGGACAUGCCUUCAGACCCCCCGGUGAUGGUCCACAUCUACGCGUUGGAAGCGGGCCGCCAGCGAUGGUCUGCCCCUUUCUGUCAAGCGAAGCUUAUCAGGUUGUAUGCCGAGGCUCCCAGGAUGCGCAAGGUUUGGGCUAGGGUCAUCAGCAUUAAGAACGGACGGGUGGACUAUCGGGAGUCGAGACGGAAGUUCAGCAACGGAAGCGUGCACGAUGAGCGUAUGAUCGACAUUGCUACGGAAACAGUCCGGGUGGCUGUUCCACAUGAAAUGACCGGUCACAAAAUCACGGACAACGUUGUCAAUGUGCUCAAAUCCGCCAAGCAACUUCAUCAUCGGUUCAAGACCGGCACCAAUGAGUACAUCCUCGACAAGGGACCCGAAGGUCCGAAAACUGUUCCCAAGGUAUCCAUAAGGGCUCGUACCUUGUUGUUUGACUUGGAAGAUGGUGCUUUCGAGUGGAAACUCGGUAUGAUCUACCGUGCGGCUCGUGUUGAGCAGAAACAACGCCAGGCGCGGGAGGAAGCUUUCCGUAUCAAGGUCAAGAAAAUCCACGAAGAGGCUACACGCGAUUCGAGCAAGCUGCGGACGCGGUCUGCUGCACCAAGAGGACGAGCUUCUCCGGGAGGCGGUGCCCAUGCCAGGAGUCACAGUACUGAUAGUCGUCAACAACCAGGUACUGACCCUCAUUUCAGGGGACGUGUGCCGAGGUAUGAUCCAGAUGGAGGGCGAUUGAACAUUACCGGCAACACGGACAUCUCUAUCGCGCAGGCGAAGCACAAUCUUCACCUUCAUAAUGCAAGGAGUUGGAAACGGCGUAUCGACCGACAGUAUGCUGCUGCCAGGAACGAGGUGAAGGACAUGCAGCAGGAUUACUGGGCCGGCGACGAGACCAUCCCGGACGAUUUGGACGAGGGCGAGAACAUACUGGAGGUCCCCUUGCGGCAUGCUCUUAUGUCCGCUGUUGUCGACGACCUUCACCUCGUGGUCGACAAGCCGUCUUUCCCCCUGAAAGGCAUUCCUGACUUCCUUCAUAAGGUCGGGAAGGGUAUGCCAAAAGACAUGGAAUACACACUGCUCGUCCCCCUUAGCGUGCAGAUUAGCAUGGGAGAGGCAAGGGUGUCUCUCCGCGACUACCCUCUACCCUUCAUCCAUAUUCCAGCCACCAAGUCGAAUCAGUCUGCCCGCCUACCAGCCCUGACACUCAAAACGGACUUUGUGAUUGCCGAAGAGUUCCGAGGCAUCGAAUCCACUCGAAAAAUCAGGGUUCAGGUGAUACCACCGCAAAGCCACGACUCGUCUGCGCCCAAUAAAGGUAGCUUCGCAAUCGACGUCAACAGGACUAUCGGGCCCGUCAAGAUGUUCUCAGACAUGCAUAUCGAUAUCCACACCGCCAACCCGACUCGCAUCACCUGGGGACCUUCCUACCAGCCUGCAGUUCAAGAUAUGAUGAUGGCUAUUGAGUCUCUAACCAAGCCACAACUCGAUCCUUCCGAGAGGGUAGGCUUCUGGGACAAGAUCAGGCUCAAUUUCCAUUCCCGCCUCCGCGUCACUUGGAGGGGAGACGGCGACGUCCACCUCGCGCUCAAGGGAAGCAGGGAUCCUUAUGAAGUCACAGGCGAUGGUGCUGGUUUCCUGAUGUGCUGGCGCAGUGACGUACGGUUCAAUAUUAACGCUCACGACGACCCCAAAAGUUUCAUGACCGUCGACAGCGGAGAGUAUGUCCUUGCAAUUCCAGACUAUAGCCAUCAAGUCCGCGAAGGUCGUCGUCGUCGCGGAGAAAACGAAAGCAUCGCGAGCGAGAGCAGCCAUAAAUCUACCGCGUCCUUCAAGAAGGUGGUCAUGAAACUUUCAGGGAAGGUCCAGUGGCUAGCCGGUCUUGUCUUUGAACAGGCCAUUGAAAACGGCAAGAGGAACUUCGAAUUUAAGCCUCAUUACGAGGUUGUCCUGAAAUCACCGCAGUACGCCAAGCCGCAAAACGGUCUUCCUUACGACGCUUUCCGUGGAUUCCGCAGCCAGCAUAUCCAUCUUUCAGUUGCGAUCCGCGCGCCGGUCGAUCGAGAAUGGACGGCAUCCAACCCUCCGCCAUCACGCAGCUAUAAUGCUGUUCACCUUACGCCGCGUUUCUUUACCCACUUCUUCUCUUGGUUGGCCUUGUUUUCGGGCCCGCUCUCUCUUCCUGUUCGUCAAGGCCCCCUUUGGCCCAACAGGGAGAAGAACAGUAAAAAGUUUGGCAGACACUUGGCCACUAUCAAGUAUAACAUCAUGUUUGCGCCUCUGUUCUUGAGUCACAUCUACAAGCACAAGGAUGUCGAAGACUAUUCCGAGAAUGCGGUCUCGGCAACGGGUAUCAAGGUUCGACUUGAUAGCUUCAUGCUCGAUCUGCACCAGCGGCGAGAGGAGUUCAACACUAGAGACCGCGGACGCGGGACGCAGACAAGGAUAAGCAGCAUGAAGCUUCACGCAGGUCAACUAGAUCUGGUCUCUGCGGAUAUUCGUGCUGUCUCCGCUAGUAUCCGGGGCACGACCGCUGAUGCCUUCCUAAAGCACUCGCUUUCGACCUUCGUCACCGACCAGGAGGAAGAUGGUACAGACUUGUCUCGAUUUACCAUUCCUGAUAAUGACCUGACGUGGAUCGAUAUGGAUGACUUUGUUGAGCUCGACUGGAUCUUGCCCACAGAACCAAACCCGGACACGAAAAUUCUCCCGCUCGCUUUCGCACCUCGCAUCACCUAUUUCCGCCAGACAGAUAUCGGCGGUGUCAUUGACGGCGAUCCGGACCGGAGCAGCCCCUUCGGACAGGAGCCAACCCAUUCGUGCAUCAUGAGCCAAGAUGAUGAUCCUAGAAGGAUACAGGCUCAGUUGAUCCGCCAACGGUUGAAGCAACUGGAUAAACAAAUGGAGACGCACAACCGCAACCUGGGUGAAAUCGAACUUCGUCUGGUUCGUGACGAGGAUCCGGACCUGAAGGCUGACUUUGAGGCCUUAACCAGACACACAACUGUGUUAGCUGAGAAGAAGGUUUUCCUGGAGGGAAUGCUAAGGGAAAUGACGCAAACAUCGCACUGUCAUACUGGGAGUGAAGACUCGUCAUCUUUCUCCUCGGCAAAGUCAGAAGCACGAAAGUCGAAAGCGGACAUCAGGGGCUCGAUGUCAACUCCCACAGAAGCAGAGUUUGCGAGCGAUUUCAAGAACCGUUUCGUCGUCCACAACUUACAAUUGAAGUGGAACAACACCCUACGAAACAUCAUCCUCCGCUAUAUCCAUCAGGUUGGCCAAAGACGAGGGUUCGUCUACUACAUGUCGCGGCCGGCGGUCAAGUUUAUCCUGGACAUCGUCGGGGAACAGAACAAGAACAAAGCGGCAAAAGAAAGCAACUCGACUCCGUCAGCUAGUAGCCCCAAUGCCAACGGUGCAGAGAGGGAAACCCAGGCAGACAUUGAGGAUAGGAUUCGCAAAAUCUUGGAGGACGGCAAGAAAUUCGCCAGUGCCGAGGAUGCAGGACCCGGGAAUCCAUCCAUGGCCGACCUCGCCAGUGGUAUUGCCAAAGAGUACAUGGCCCAAAGUAGCUACCAUAUUCGUGUCAUUGCGCCACAGAUUCAGUUGCAAAGCGACAAGAACAAGAAACACGUGGUACUCAUUGCCGCUAAAGGCAUGGAGCUCAAGGUUGUCGACGUGAUGGACCAGAGCAGACUGUUUGAUACGGUCAGUGGUCUCGUUCAGCGACGUUUCCUCGUCAACAUGGACAGUACGCAGUUCUUCGUCACCCAUCAGAAGUGGUUUUCGACACAGCUGGUGUCCAUGUACUCGGGAAAUACCUACGGGACUCCCGCUGGGUCUUCGUGGCCGCCUUGGGUUCCUAUGGAGGUCAUGUUUGACUUUGAAGCAGAUCCGUUUGGUUUCAAACGGGUUGUCAAGAAGACAUCUGCUAUGUUGCGAUACGACAAGUACAACACGCUGCGCUUGAAGUAUAACGAUGAAGUGAACGCCAGCGAAGCAACCGACAAUGACGAAGAGGCCGCCGCAGACAACACGGAGUCCAGAAUGGAUAACCUCUGGAUCGAAUUCCCCCAGGCUCACGCAUUGUGCAACUCAUCUCAAUACUAUGCAUUCUACGUCAUCGUAGUGGAUUUGUUGAUGUACAGCGAGCCUUUGGAGAAGACGCGCAGCGAGAGGCUCGAGAAGAUCAUGCUUGCUUCCGACUUCAGCGAUCUCAGAGGAGCCCCUGAAAUGGUAAUCAAACUUCAAGAGCGUGUCCGGCAACUGGAAGACAUCAAAACCCACUUCCAGACCCAUGGUAAGUACAUGGAUAAGAGAGGGUGGAAAGAUCGACUGGUGCUGGAACGUGAUUUGGCCGCCUGCGAGGAUGAACUUUUCUUCAUGAUGAAGGCCAUCACAUCGUCUCAACGCAAGUACGACAGCUCAACAAGCAGCGCACUCCUGAAGUGGAGCAUCACGGCAAAGGAGAUCGUCUGGCACCUCAUCCGGGACACUAGCGAGCCGCUUGUCGAACUCCAGCUCAAGAAUGUCGAGUACGACCGUACCGACAAUUCGGACGGCUCGCACGUCAACCUGAUACAGGUUGGGAGCAUACUUGGUCUCAACCUUCUCCCUGACGCAAUAUACCCUGUGAUGGUUGCACCGUACGUUGAUGGUAACCGUGGUGGGUUUGACCCAACCUCUCAGCCCAUGAUUCGGGUGUACUUCCAUAUGCUUGAGGCCAUCGCCGGUAUUCCUGUCAUGGACCACUUCGAGGUCAAUCUGUUCCCGCUCAAGAUUCAGCUUGAGAGGGAGGUGGGCAAGAAGUUGUUCGAAUACGUCUUCCCCGGUAUCGACGGUGACGAGGCGACUUCUGCCAAGAACACUUCUCCUUUCAUCAUCAAGCAAACCCUGCCGGAAGAUGACGAGGAUGCGGACGAUGAUGGGUCUCUCGAAACCGUUGGAAUAGCGGACAGCGACAGGGAGGCGGGAGGUUUCUCAACACGGCCGGGCUCUCUCGAGCUGCGCCUGCGCCCUACAUUGACGUCUGAUCCAGAAGCUACGCCCACCAAGAACAACAAGGCCUUGAGCAUUCACACUGGAGAAGGAAGUUCCUUCAGACUCUUCCGGUCUGUCGGUACCGGGUUCAAGACGGUGUCUAAGAAACCAUCGUCUGAAGAAUCUUCUCUCCGUCCCAGCACCCCACGGCCCGGCAUCGGCAGGACAUCCACGGGUUUGUCAUCCAAGGAUAGCUCCAACCCGGAGACGAAGAAGGGAACUCGCUUCAUGUUGCGCAAGACGGCCACAGACCUGGAGAAGAGAAAGAAGUCGGACGAUCUGACCAAGAUGAUUGACCGUGCGUCCAACUACAUGACGUUUGCCUACAUCAAGAUGCCAUCGGUGGUACUCUGCCUGAGCUACAAGGGCAAGGGUGACCGUAACCUGGAGGACGUACACAACUUUGUGUUCAGGCUGCCCAUCAUCGAAUACCAGAACAAGACGUGGUCCAACCUCGACCUCGCCCUCAACCUCAAGAACCGCAUCAUCAAGGCCCUCAUCAGCCACACGGGCGCCAUCAUCGGCAACAAGUUCUCCAAACACCGGCCCAACACCGCACAACAAUCCAAGCUUCGUGAACUUGCCACAAGCUCAGUGUUGCUAGCCACUCCGAUGCUGUCAGAGUCGCGAGACAACAGCGGUGAUGACUCCUCUUCAAUCUACAACGCCUCUAUCGUGGACUUUUCUCGCUCCCCGCCACGGUCCAUUGCGCGGUCGCAAACAGUGUCUGUGGUUCCCAGCGCCGAAAGCCGCAGCUCUAGCAUUGCUUCCUCGCAGCGAUCGCCACUUGUGCCGCAGACCACCGCCACCGCCACCACCGGAACCAGCAGUAGUGCCCAGUCGAUUGCAUCUGGGCCACCAGCCGUCGGCUUCACCAUGACCCCGCCGACACCCAUUAUGCCGCCGGGUAUGGAUGGCAGCCAACCACACCGGGGUGCAUUCAGCUUGCUCCGGCCCGCAACCAGUGCCGGGUCAAGACUGUUCGGUAGCAGUGGUGCAGGGGCAUCUGCUCCCGCGUCGAUCGGAGCAGACGGCGAGACCAUCUCCCGACCUGGCACCAGCAGCGGCGUAUCGAUGCUGCGCCAGUCCAACACGGUGCUGAGAGACGACAGGGAGAGCCCCGAGGCGACGCAGAGGAAGGCGGGGUACUUGAGGGAUAAACUCAGUGCCAUCUCGAGCAGAAUCAAAGACCGUGGUCAUCAAUCACAGCCUGGUCCGGGUCCCACUUCGGCUCCUCGCAAUCCAUUCUCGAACGGCGACCGGGCUGGUGGUGCUCUUCAGGAGGUCGCAGAAGAACAAGAAGCUCCUGAGCGUAGUGAAGAUAAUCUAGAGAAUAGGAGGCCGGUCACUGCACAUGCUGCUGUGGGACCUACUAGCUCUAGUGAAGCCCUUGGCGGCGGCGGCGGGCCAGGUAGGCCGGAUAUUGUUGGGCAUAGGCUCAGUAGGAGCUUUAGUGCGAGAGUGAACUCCUAA